AUGCUCGACUUCUAUGAAGGCGAAGCGUUGCGACGCACAAUAUUGAUACGCAAUGCCAUGCGUAGAACAGAAGCCAUCACACAAGAUGCUCAAAGACGUCAAAAGAUCGAUCGAAAGAGGUCAGGCUUAUCUCAAGCUGAUGCUGAGCUGUUCUAUGGCGAUAUGAAUGCAAACACAGACAAGGUUGAGCAAGUCAGUCAUGCAAGAUCAUCUGCUCCCGUUCGUGUUCAAGUGACCGAUUACGAUUACGAUGUCGAAACUGAACAAGCUCAAACUCUCCACAAUACCAUCAACGAAGAUGAUGAAUAUGAAGAUGCUACCGAGGACGAAGACGAAGAUGACGACACAAGCGACGAUGACGAUGAAGCAAUGCUAGCACGUCACGGUCAUGUUAUCGAAGAUGGAGUUCGUGUCAGCGUCACCUCUGUCGUCAAGGAUGAGCAUACAUGGUUCGAUGACUUGUUGGAUGAAGUAAGCAUUGAUGAGAGCAAACCACGCUCAUACAUUCAACGUAUUCAUCCUUCCGAUGAAGAAAUGGAAGAUGGAGAAGAGCAAAGCGUCUCUUCCAUCGGAUCAAGCAUCGAAAGCCUCUCUUUGGAGCAUAAUUCUCCGCCUACCUCUGCAAAUUCAUCCGCAUCGCUACCCUCACUGGUAGAAGAUGAAGAUGAAAGUAGCUGUGGCAGCAGUGCUGAAGAUGAUGAGUUGGAGGAUGCCUUCGCUCAGCAUUACACCAACCGCGCUGUCAAUUAUUCUGGAGGUGCACAAUUGAGCACCACCACCGCCACCACUAAAAAUCAUCAAUCAUUCAUGCAACCGAGCGAGAAUUUUCUCGAAUGGUAA